AUGCGUUACUCAGCCAUCGUUUCUAUCGUGGCCUUCGGGCUGGCCUCUUUCUCUACCGCGGCACCGGUAGACCCGACAGCCCAGGGUACGGGGAAAGUGGGAGAUAUUGCAAAUCCGUUUGGGGGGGUUACAGGUGGCCUCCCAGCUGCCCUGAAAGGUCUCUUCCCAGAUAGCCUCCAAGGUGGCGAGCAAAAGCCUGGUGCCGCACCGGGUGCAGAAGGCGUGCUAGGUGGUCUGAGAGGUGCUCUCGCAGGUGGCGGCGGGCAAAAGCCUGGUGCCGCAUCGGGUAAACGUGGCGUGCUAGGUGGCCUGCCAGUUGAUCUUCCAGCCGGUCUUCCAGGCGAGCAAAACCCUGGUGGUGCAUCGGGUGGAGGUGGCGGCGAAGGCUCCUCCAAAAGAGAUAUUCCUCUGCCCGUCGGCGAAGGCGUGUCCGCGGAGUAG